UGCAGAUGGAAGUUGCUUAAAAACCCAUCAUUCAACCAACAAACAAACAACCCUUUCAGGCUACGCUAAAUUCACAUUUCUUCAUCCAAACACACCAUUACUUCGCAUGGCGUUGCUUUCCUCCUCCGGCAGCGGCGGUGGCGGGGUCCAAACAGUUCCACCGCUAACCAGAAGGAAGCAAGAGAGAGAGAACGGCCCAAUGCCAAAUGUUACGAUAUUUCUCGGUUUCUUCAUUAUAACGGCCGCGCUAGCCGCCUCCGCGGGGGCGGAGGUGGUGCAUUCCACCCCGAGAAGCCAGCUGAAGAGGCGCCAGCCGGUGAAGCCCCUCCCACCAGUGCCUGUGUUCGUGCCGGUCUUAAACUGGGAGCAACAGGCGUAUGUGAAGGCCCACAACGACUUCAGGCGGAAGGUGAACACACCGCCACUCGGUUGGAGCGCCAGCCUGACGGCGAGCGCACACGCAUGGGCGAUGCAACGCCGGGGGGACUGCAACUACCGGCUGCACUCUCCCAACAAACAAGGAGAGAACAUUUACUGGAUGAACUACAAGGAGUUCACCCCGACGGAUGUGGUGCAGAGGUGGUUCAACGAGUCCAAUAACUACGAUCACAAUGCCAACGCCUGUAAGUGCGAGAUGGAAAGAGAGGGCUGCGAAUGCGGGCAUUACUUGAAUGUGAUAUGGAGCAGCACAACACAGGUCGGCUGCAGUGGCGCUGUUUACUGCGAUAACCAGAAGGGUGUCUACGUUGUGUGCCAAUACAGUCCUUCCGGCGGAACCCGCGGCGUCAACCCCUUUACCGGUGCAUUGCUAUCAAGUAUGCCCAACAACUUGAAUAUCCCUAAGCCAAAUCCUUUUCCUGCAAACAACAAUAACCCUAAGCCAACCAACAAUAUCCCUAAGCCAAAUCUUCUUCCGACAAACAAUAUCCCUAAGCCAAAUCCUUUUCCGGCGAACAACAAUAUUCCUAAGCCAAAUCCUUUUCCGGCGAACAACAAUAUCCCCAAGCCGAAUCCUGUUCCGGCAAUCAAUAAUAUCCCUAUGCCAAAACCUGUUCAGGCAAACAGCAAUAUCCCCAGUCCCUUAUUCAUCAAGAAACAAUAACUCUAAGCCCAGUCCCUUAUUCAUCAAGAAACAAUAACUCUAAGUCAAAUCCCUUAUCCAUCAAGAAACAAUUAACUCUAAGCAAAUGUUUAUCCUACCCAAAAGAAACAACUAUAAGUCGAAUUGUACUGUAUAGGAAUUACAUGGUAGAUAUGCAGUAAGUUGUAAUACUAUGUAAAUGCUAUUCAUUGAUUUUUUUCAA